CCCCAUCUCUCGGGUGGAGUCCUCAGGCAGCUGGUGCAGCGGUCCCCGGAACAUCCUCUUGGCCUCAAUCAUGGCUUGUGACACCUCAGGCCAAGGAGGCCUCGACCGCCUAACCCGGCUGGGCGGGCGGGUCUCGUCUGCGCAGGGUCUGGUCGCCAGCAACCUGAACCUCAAACCUGGGGAGUGCCUCCGAGUGCGGGGCGAGGUGGCCCCUGAAGCCAAGAGCUUCGUGCUGAACCUGGGCAAAGACAACAACAACCUGUGCCUGCACUUCAACCCUCGCUUCAACGCGCACGGGGACACCAACACCAUCGUGUGCAACAGCAAGGAUGGCGGCGCUUGGGGGGCGGAGCAUCGCGAGCCGGCCUUCCCCUUCCAGCCCGGGAGCGUGGUGGAGAUCUGCAUCUCCUUCGAUCAGACCGACCUGACCAUCACACUGCCGGAUGGACACCAGUUCAAGUUCCCCAACCGCCUCAGCCUGGAGGCCAUCAACUACUUGGCAGCUGAUGGUGACUUUAAGAUCAAGUGCAUGGCCUUUGAGUGAAGCCGCCCAGCCCGUGGCACCCAAUAAAGGCAGCCGCCUCUGCUCCUCCUGAACCAA